GGUGCAGGAGGUCGUGCACUUCCCGGCCGCCACGCACCCGCCCGGCGCCGCGCUGGAGUGCACCUACAUCCAAAUCGAGCAGGUGGAAAAGACCCACGCCGUGGUCCUGAGCCGCCCCUCCUGGCUCUGGGGCGCAGAGAUGGGGGCCAACGAGCACGGCGUGUGCAUCGGGAACGAAGCGGUCUGGGGGAGAGAGGAGACCAGCGACGACGAAGCUCUCCUCGGCAUGGACCUCGUAAGGCUUGGACUCGAGAGAGCGGACACAGCUGAAAAGGCUCUUACCGUCAUAGUUGAUUUGCUAGAAAAAUAUGGACAGGGAGGAAACUGUAUGGAGAGCCACAUGGUAUUUACAUACCAUAACAGUUUUCUGAUAGCUGACAGAAGGGAAGCAUGGGUGCUGGAGACAUCAGGAAAAUACUGGGCAGCAGAAAAAGUAGAAGGAGGUGUACGGAAUAUUUCCAACCAGCUCUCUAUCACAACCAAGAUUGACAGAGAACACCCAGAAUUGAAGGAAUAUGCCAAAAGCAAGGGCUGGUGGGAUGGGGAAAAGGAAUUUGAUUUUGCUGCCACGUAUUCUUAUGUAAAUACUGCCAGAAUGACCACAUCCAGAGGCCGAUAUUGUGAAGGCUAUAAACUUCUGAACAAACACAAAGGAUCUAUCACUUCUGAAAUAAUGAUGGAAAUUCUUCGUGACAAAGAGAGUGGCAUUAAUAUGGAAGGUGGAUUUAUGACAACUGGAAGCAUGGUGUCUGUAUUGCCUCUGCAGCCUAAUCUGCCGUGUAUUCAUUUCUUUACCGGAACUCCAGAUCCUGCGAGGUCUGUAUUCAAGCCUUUCAUUUUUGUGCCCAAUAUUACUCAGUUAUUAAAAACUAGCUCCCCUACAUUUGGUCAUGAUGAUCCAGUUAAGAAGCAACCACGUUUUCAGAAUAAGCCAGAUCGAAGACAUGAGCUCUAUAAAAAACAUGAAAGUGCUGCUGUAGUUAUGGAAACUGUCCAGGGCAAAGGUAAAGACAUGCUGAAAGAGAUACAGGAGUUGGAGAAACAGAAGAUAAGUGAAAUGGAAUCAAUCCUGCAAAAUGGAUGUCUUGACAUUAACCAAGUGGUUAACCUUUUUUCACAGUGUGUAGAAGAAGAACUCAAAAUAUAUAGCUAGAACUACUAUUUGAAUGUGGUAAAAUUCAGUUUUAUGAUUAACUUUUCUAAUGAAGUGGCUAUAUAGAUUAAAUCUUAUUUUCAAUAUACCAGUUAGUAUGGACAGUUUUAAAGAUGGGGAUUCAUAUUCAGGCCAAACAGCUUUUGAUUGUAUGAAGCAACACUGAAAAGGCUCUUAACAGCUAGGCAGUGGCUUUGUCUGUAUGUGGCAUAAAGCUGUCAGCAGAGAUUGAUUUCAUCAACAAACAGAUGCAAUUAGAAUGUAAUAGCUUGACUACACUGCGGAACAACCCCAUCUCUGGAUGAAGAACAUGAACUCAGAUUUAGAGAACUCACUUCUAGUGUACACACAUGCAGCUUUUAUAGUCAAGAUAAUAGUAGCAGAAUUUCACAUUGCCUGAAUUAAAAUGGCCAUGCUGAAGGAUUUCGUAAAAUGUAGAAGUUAUUAUAAGGUAUAUUAAAACCAAAUCACAGUUACAAUUUUACCAUGAUUUGUUGUGAAAUCUGAUUACAUGGAAUUGAACAACGCAAGCAUCCUGCAAGUUACCACACAAUUUUCACUACCCUGUCUAUUAUUUUCCCUACCCUGAUACCAAAAAUAAACUAACUUAUUUACGUACAAUGUGAUUAUUGUCAAAUUAAUUCUGCAAUACACUUUAUAACAUCAAGUGGGAGGUUUUUUAAUAUGAUCUUGAAUUGUUACUUUUAAAAUCAGGCAACUAGAAGGGAAGAGGUUGGGGUACACAAGUAUAUACGUGUACUCAGCAGGACACUUAAAAGGGCUUCUAAGAUUUUUUCACUUCAUAUAAAGCCUUUUAACCAUGACUCGUCUUGCCAAAAUUACUAGACUAUGAAAUAAAAAAUCAAGCUUUUUGCCUUGCCAGGAACUCUUCCUGAUCCUGUUUAAAAUUAAUGAUCAAUAUGUGACACUACCUUUAUUAUCUGUGGCAAGGGACAAACUGAGCAAACAACAAAGAAAGAAGAUUCUGACUUCACUACAUGAUCAAGCAGGAUAAAAAGUAUGAUGGGAAGGAAAAAAACAAAAACCA